AGAAGCAGGCGCCGGCCGGGGAUAAAGAGGGAGAGAAACACAGGCUUUUUUGAAUGCUGUCAAAGCUCACCUUACAGCUUUAGAGGAUUAAAAUCUUUAUCUGGAUCUGCGGUGGUUGCUGAUUUUUUUUUACCUUGAACCACCUUCUUUCCACUGAGAAGGUGAUCUUUUUUUUAAUUGUUUGCACACAAACUGGGAGCACUGAAAGGUAGAGCUGGCUACGAAUAUUGAAAAGGUCUUUUGUUCUUUAAGGACACAUUCGGUCCUAUUUUUACCUCCGGUUGGUGUCCUAACGUGAUUUUUACAACACCGGAAGCCAUGAGUUCCUCUGUAUUGAAAAAAGCAGGAGAUGGCAACAGCUCAAGCUUUGACCUCAUCCAAAACCGGAUUGAGUCGCUCAGCAGCAAGAUGGACAAGCUCAUCAACAUCCAAGAAAAGGUCCUCAAUCGACUAGACGGGAUGUCUCAAGAUAUCGACUUCAUCGAAAAGGACAUGGAGAAUCUGAAGGUGGACAAGGAGGAGAUCCAUCUUCCUCCCAAGAUGGUGAACCAAACAAACAUGGUUGGGCGUGAGGUGAGGCAGAUCUACCAGGAGAUGAGCACCAUCAUGUCGGCGGUGAACCAGCGGUCCGAGCAGCAGGCUCUGAAGCUGGAAGGGAUGGAGAAGCUGGUCCUUAGCAUGCAACAGGUGAUCAGCUUCAUUGGGGAGACAGUGAAGAAAUCGAAGGUUAUGGAGCUGAUGUUCAAAAGGCCUGCAGGUCGGAAAGGCUCCAAGUCCAAAGACAAUAAAGGCAAGCAAGCAAUUAAGAAGAAGUCAUCUACAGACACAAUAAACAAAAAGAUCGAGAAGAAACCUACCUCUAAUAAGGCCAGUAAAGGGAUUCAGGAGAUAAUUCCUGCAUGUGAGUCCAGUUCCCCAAAGUCUUCUCACAAGAUAAAGCUCCGUGGGCCAAAGCAUUUCCUCGCCUCUCGCAAAUGUGGAAACUUUGUAGGUUUAUUGUGCAUAUGGACUCUGAAGGAUCACAAAGGAAAGGAUGGGACAGAUAAGCCCUGUCUGAGUCCAAAAGGUCUGAAAGCUCAGAAGAAGAUGAAGCCCCCAGACACAGCAGAAAACAUCUCCCUGAAGAAACAGGCCCUGCUUCUAGAAGAGGUGCAGAAACUGAACAAGGAAAAUACAGAGAAAUCAGGCCAGCAGACAGCUUCUGGAUUAUUGGAUCUGGAGGCUGGAGUUUCCCCCAAAGAUCAACAACUUGAAGCUCCUCCUUGCAACCUGGUGGAUUACCUGCGUGAAGAUUCCCAACUGACUGUGACUGGGGAGGAUGAGGUAGAGGAGAUUGUAACUGAGGAGGAGGAGGAGGAAGAAGAGGUGGAGGAGGAGGCAGUGAAAGAAGAACAGGAGCCUAAACUUGAAGAGAAAGAGGUGAAGAUCAGUGAACCAGAGGGAAAAAAGGAUGAGGUUGUAUCUCCAACUGAAGAUGUAGCCAAAAUAGCACCAGAGCUCCCUGCAGCACCUGAAGAGAAGAAAGAGAAGCCUGUUACAAGUGAUGACAACAAAGAUGCCUCCUCAUCCCCUGAAGAAAAAGUCCAGAUUUCAGAAGUCAGUGUCAUCAAGCCCUUUGUGACUGAGGAACACUUUGUAGUGGAGGAACACACGACGACCCAGGUUGUGGAGGUGGUGGAGGAGGAGAAGAAAGAAAACGAAGAGGAUGAUGAGAAGAGUCUUGAGUCUGACGGCUGGGCCGUCUUCAGAGCAGAUGGAGUAGAAAUUAAGCUAGAUCUAAAAGAGAGGGUGGAGCGAGAGAGGAGGGAAAAAGAAGAAGAGAAAGCAGAAGAGGAAGAGGAUGAUGACGACAUAGAACGAUACUUUAUAGACACCAGCCCUCCUCCAGCUGCACCUUUUAAUCACCGCAUCGUUUCUGCAAAGCCCAACCAGAUCAUCAACUUCUACACCAUCAACUGGCAGGAGGUCCUGGGCGGGGGUCGCUUUGGUCAGGUGCACAAAUGUGUAGAGAAUUCCUCAGGUCUCACUUUGGCAGCAAAGGUCAUCAAAGCCCGGAGUCUGAAAGAAAAGGAGGUGGUGAAGAAUGAGAUCCAGGUCAUGAAUGCUCUGGACCAUGCCAGCCUGAUCCAGCUCUAUGCAGCUUAUGAGUCAAGGAACGACAUCAUCCUAGUACUUGAAUAUGUUGGUGGUGGUGAGCUGUUUGACAGGAUCAUCGAUGAAAACUACACUCUAAUGGAGCUGGAUGCUGUGGUGUUCAUCAGACAGAUCUGUGAGGGUCUGCAGUACAUGCACAAAAUGUAUGUCCUCCACCUGGACUUGAAGCCAGAAAACAUUCUGUGUGUGAACAGAAUCACAAAUAAGAUCAAAAUCAUCGACUUUGGUCUAGCUCGGAUAUAUAAGCCUCGAGAGAAACUGCGAGUAAAUUUUGGCACUCCAGAGUUUCUCGCUCCUGAAGUCAUCAACUACGACUUUGUAUCAUUCAACACUGACAUGUGGAGCCUGGGUGUCAUCACAUACAUGCUGCUCAGUAGUCUCUGCCCCUUCCUGGGUGAUGAUGACAACGAGACUCUAAAUAACAUCCUGGCCUGUAAGUGGAGCUUUGAGGAACAAGAGUUCAUAGAUACGUCUGAAGAAGCCAAAGAUUUCAUCACCAGGCUGUUGGUGGUGAACAAAAGUUGGAGGAUGGGUGCAUCUGAGGCUUUAAGACAUCCUUGGCUAUCUGACACAGGCCUUCAUCAUCGUCUAUAUACAAAGAAAACUAUGUGCAGAUCAAGGCGAUCAUCAUGUGUGCCUACAACUGACAGUUGAGGGUUACAGUGAUGCAAUGGCUACAGUUGUGGCCACUUGGACCAACCUUCCCGUCCGUGUAAAUAACACAGUUUUCAGUGGGUGCACCUGGAGGUGACGUGCCCUGAAUUUCUGCUUACCACAUACACCUUUCCUGAAAUCUGAUCCACUGUGUUGUAUUUAUGUAAAGAUACUGAAGCUAUGUAUAAAUGAAAAAAAAAGCCUUUGUUUAACUUGGCGAAAACAGUGGAUUGCCCCACCAUUUUAAUAAUGCUCUAUCCAAAUAAUAAGGUCAGAAGAUUGUUUUGUGAGUUCAAAUAACACACAAUCACAGUAGAAUUUAACACGUGUAAUGUGAGAGAAACAAAGGCUGAAUAAAAUCAUCUUAUGACAUUAAACAAUCUGAUAAGAAAUUCUACCUUUGGGAAGCUUAAAUGUUCAGUUAUUGUUGAAACAGUGUGGGAAAAAUCUGUUAAAUGUCUUUGUUCACAUUUCUUGGUAAGGCCUUUGGUUUAUUUUUAUCCCUUUCUAAAAGGCGUUUUUUCAAACUGGUGCUAAUGUCAUAAUGUGACCUAGCUUCUUUGGAUGUCAUGUUUUCUUAUACACUGUAAAUGUUUAAUUGUUUUGCACCUUUGCCUUAAAAUAACUUAACUUCACAAUGAAAUAUCCACUAAUUGAGCCACUGUCAGUGUCCUCAAAUGUAAAAACACUGUGCGGUUAUCUUUGCUGCUGUUUUCAUGUUGUAUUGAUACAUAAAAACAUACCUCUAAUAUCUCUGUGCUGGCUACAACACAACCAGUAUCAUGUGUCUGUGUUUAAGUUUGCAACAGUUCUCCCGUCUUGGCUCCAAAUUUACCCUGAUACUAUUUUUUUUUAUGCUGUAAAUGAAAACCAAGCAGUUGAUUAAGAUCCAUGUUUUCUCACAUGUUAGGGUGAGGGCUGCAGAAAUAGCUGGAUGUGUCUAGUAUGUCUGGAAUCUGAGCAGUCUGUAUGAUGAGCUGUAGUAUGUGCACUUUAUAUUAUUAUUUAUUUUAACAUAGAUUAUACACAAAGCUAACACAGUUUUAAAGGCUUGUGCAGACAGAUCUUCUUUUAUUUCCUUUGUAAUCCUUCCUCAUCCAGAUGUAUCUAGAAAAAGUGCCCGUACAUUCUUAUUUCAUAUAAAACAAAUCACCCACACAGUUAAUGUCUUAUCAGCUGCGUGUAUUAGUGUAUUUCUUUGUUGCAUGAUUUUAUGUUUUCAUGUUUAUUCAUAGUUAUAGCUUCAUCUUGAUUCACAAUGUAAUAACUUUUUUUAAACUUUUCUUAUUGUACUGUAUGCUUGAGCUGCAACACCAUUCUAGCUACAUAGUCAUGCUACUGUAGAUGCUUUUUUCCACAAAAAAGUGAUUAUAUUUGCCUUCUGUGAAGGCCUACUAGCAAAACACUACCUACCUUAUGUUGCCUAAGUAAAAAAAAAACCCUUCGUAGAACCACAUUGUGGUUUUUAUUGUAACUUGACAAUGAAUGUAAUGUAAUGUAAUGAUUUUUGUUGAACACAGAGUGUAAGUAAAAUAAGUUGUCAUCACUGAGUUUUAACUAUUUCAGAUCCAGCAUGUAUUUGUGAAGUGUGCACACAUUCAUUAAA